AUGGCGGAGCAGAUGAACGAAGAGAAGGAGACUGCUAACCUGAUUCACGCCCAGUCGCCCAACGGUAGUACGAACAUUCAAUCAAGCCAUAACGCUCUUGUACAUGUUGGCCAGCCCAAAGCUGACAAUCUUCCCAAGUCGUCGACUAUGGCGGAUGUCCGGAUGAUACAAACCGCAAAAAGGAGAUAUAUGAUAAACUUUCGAGAACGUAUGGAAAGACUCAGCAACAAAAAUGGGCUUCUCUACCGAGACACUAACGAUGCGCUUGCUCUCGAAGCCUCCAUAAGCAAAAGACCACUGGACGGUAUUGUAAAUGAAUACAAAUUCCUCUAUGUCAUGCCAAUGUUCUGGACGCAUCGGCACGAGAAGGUACUGCACGUAGUAUGGCAGCCAUUUCAACAGUCUGCAUCACUAAAUUCGCCGUCUUCCCGAUGUAGCCGCCAUGGAGCCCAGCAGAAGCAACGGCAACAACAACUGAAUCAGCUACGACUGCGAUCACAACGGAAGGCUUCACAGAAACUUAUACUAGGAGUGCGACGGAAACCUCGGAGGAGACUCGAGUGGAACAACAGGUACAGGCCUCCACUCGCGCCAUCACAGUUACAGGUUUCACUAUCUUCACGCCGCCUAUCGCCACCCUCGCCUGCUCCAUCAUUCGUGCUUAUGGAGCUAGACUUUAGUACGACUGUUUCAUAUAUCUUCUUUCUAGGAGGAGCACACUCAUAUCGAACAAUCGUGUCUGCACAGCUAUAUUUGCAGCGUCUACUCAGUGGAGUGGACGAAGAGGACUGCAUUACGAAAUUGCACCGCGUACCUACAUUGCAGAACUUUCUCCGCCUCCAGAAAGAAAACCUGCGUAUCAACUACGGUAAAACCGCAUAUCCGGUUCUACACAACGUGCCAGUGUACCGUCUAAACACCAAAGUAGCGAGAUCUGGUGAAAGCAACGGUGAGAAUCCAGCCCGCGACAGCUGGCAAUCAGAAGUUUCUGAGACCGAGACCAAUCGCUUUUGGCGUUUGAUCCAUGUUGACGAGACACACGUUGCGGAAUCACUGACGAAGUUCUAUAAAUACGGACGGAACUUCCGCGACCACGGUAUAGUUGCGAGGGGUAUGAGUAUGAGAGAAGCCACGGCCCGCUACGAAUACUUACCCGGGGAUGAAUGGUUCCACCCACACUUCAUCCCGGGCGUCUUCAUCGCCAUGGAACAGCGGUAUCGGCGUAACAUGUGGGCAGGGCAGAAGGAAUGCGAGGAGAAGCCGAAUGUUCAAGGAGACACAAGGCACGGUCAGCAGAAAGACAAAAGUGAGCACAAGCAUGGUGGCAAGCAUCCCCACCAACAUAAGAAGAAACGUACAAACAGGAUGAAAAAACAAAAAGUCGGCACCGCAUACAAGCCUCCAACAAGCGACUUGGCUCCGACCUGGCAGAUACUUGUCACUGACGGUUCGAACGACUCCAAAUCCGUGCACCUGUAUACUGCGCAGGUCCCGGACUUCAUAAUCGCUGCUUUGGACAAGCCUGCGCAACGACAUUGUUCCAAUACGCCACCCCAAGGCGGGAAAACCACCACCAACGACGAAGACAUACGAUUCGAGUUCUUGAUCCGUCAUACUAGUAUCCCGCACAUACCAUACAAAUCCUUUCAAACCCGUCUGCGCGAAGCCAUCAUCUCCUCAAGAGAUAGUUUUGGGGCCCUGAAAGAAACGCGCGUGCGACGAUGA